AUGGUGGAGGUCGAAAAUGCACCACCCUAUGAUGUAAUCAUGAAAAUUGGCGAAAAUGAUACUGAGGAGAAAGAACCUGAAGAGAAAGAAGAAAUGGAAGAAGAAUGCCCUGAAGAAGAGGAAGCGCUUCGUAUAGCACUUGAAGCCGAAGACGAUGAUGAACUACUUGACGUUGAGUCGCCAGAUAUCGAUGAAAUGGACGCUAGCGAAACAUCGUCUUCAGCUGUAGAUUCGUCACCACAAGCCGACGCAAGCGCUUCAUCACCGAGAAAUUUGGCGGCGAUGAUAAUGACAUCUGACACACCACAGACAUCCACUUCGUCCGAG